UCUCUCUCUUGGAAAAUAGAAAACAAAGGGAAAGGAGAAACCGCUCAAUUCAUCGGAAGCCACGCCUCUCUUUGGCAGGAAAACGCCCCAUAUUGCCGGAAUUCGGCAUUGGAAAAGGGGAUUUUCUCGCCGGGAAAGACGACCCAAUUGCUGGAAUCCCGCAUAUUCUCACCGGGGAACAGACCCAACUCUUCUCUGGUGGGGGUUCUUCUAUUUUGCAGUUACGUGAGAGUGGCUUCUCGAGAUUCCGGCGAAGAUCUCCGGUACUUUUGGCCAAUUUCACUGGUUUCCUCCAGGAAUUCGAUCCAGUUUGUGGUUAUUUCACGGAUUUUGAGGCCAAUUUGAUCGGUUUUCCGGCCAAUUACAUUGAUUUUCAAGCCGAAUUCACCGGUUUUUCAACCAAGAUCCAUCCGCAACAGUGCAUUUCAUUCCCUUCUUCUUCUCUAUGCAUCUAAAAAGAGCGUAUCAUUUGAUCUCAGAAUUGGGUUCACAAACCCCAAUUCACCAUAGCGCAUCCCCAUUUCCCUUCAUAUCACCACCAUUUCCCCUGCAAUUUGCUCCCCCAAUUUCCGGCAACUCAAAAUGGGUCCGAAAAAGCCCAUUUCCUGGGUUCGAGGAAAGCCCAUUGGCUCUGGUUCUUUCGGAAUUGUAAGCCUCGCCAUGGACAAAUCAACUGGCGAGUUAUUCGUUGUCAAAUCUGCUGACGAAUCGCUCUCGAAGCCCUCUUUUGAAGUUUUACAAAACGAGUCACAUAUCCUACUCGGAAUCGACUCGCCUCACAUCGUACGGCGCUUAGGAGACGACUUCUCCGAGAUCGACGGCUCAAAAAGGGGGAACCUCUUCAUGGAGUACAUGGCGGGGGGCAACCUCGCCGAAAUCUUGGGAAAUUUCGGGGGUUCACUGGCUGAGCCGGUAAUCCGGUCAUACACAAGAGAAAUAUUGAAGGGGCUCUCGUACCUGCAUGAAAAUCAAAUUGUUCAUGGUGACCUCAAAUGUAAAAAUGUAUUAUUUGGGCCCUGUGGGAAAAUAAAAUUAGGAGACUUUGGGUGUGCAAAAAAGAUAAACAAAGGGAAAACCAUAGAAAGGGGUUUCACAGUUGAGGGCACCCCUUUGUUUAUGGCACCUGAGGUCUUGAGGAGGGAGGAAUUAGGGUUUGGAUGUGACAUUUGGGCCCUGGGGUGUACGGUCAUUGAGAUGGCUACCGGGAAACCGGCUUGGUCCGGUGGCCACGAGGUGGACCCCAUGGCCGCGAUUUACAGGAUCGCAUUUUCGCGAGAUUUUCCCGAGUUCCCGGCGAGAUUUUCAAGGGAGGGGAGGGACUUUUUGAGGAGAUGCUUUGAGAGGGACCCUCGAGAGAGGUGGGGGUGUGAGCAACUACUCGCGCACCCAUUUCUAUCGGGCCGAGAAAUCGGCGAUGCGGAGUUUGGAUCGCCGAUGAGGUGGGGAGAGGGCCUCGAGUUGCCAAUUUUUAGGGGUGAGGGAGUUGGAUCGCCGAGGAGACAAGAGGAGGGGGAUCUUCAACCCAAUGGAUUGCCGAUUUUGGAGGGGGUGAGGAGAAAGAUUGAUGGUUCCGGAUCCGCGAAUUUGAAUGGGUUUGGAUCACCGGGAAGAAAGACGGAAAGUUUUGGAUCGCCGACUAGCAUUUUGGAUGUGGAUUUCUGCAAAUGGAAUGAGAAUGACGAUGACGAAGAGGGAUGCACGGACAAGGAUGAGGGCUAUAGGGACAUGGACUUGCUGAGGAGGAUGUUGGCCUUGAGGACGGGACACAUGAAAGGGGUCGAGAACGACGAGUUCUUCAAUUCAUCGCCGAGGUGGCUCAUGGUCAGGUCCAAUGGUGGAUCUUAGCCAUUUCAAUAGAUGUAUUUAACAUUGAAAAAAAAUUAGUGUACCACAACAUUUGAGAAA